AUGAGAUUGGACGUCAAGCGCCAGCUUUACGCUCGAAGCGAACGAGUCAAGGGAAUCGAUUUCCACCCUCAGGAGCCAUGGAUCCUCACCACCCUAUACAGCGGCCACGUCAACAUCUGGUCAUACGAGACGCAGCAGAUUGUCAAGUCAUUCGAGCUCACAGAUGUCCCCGUGCGAGCUGGUAGAUUCGUUGCGCGAAAGAACUGGAUAGUCUGUGGAUCAGAUGACUUCCAGCUGCGAGUCUACAACUACAACACCUCCGAAAAGAUUACCUCCUUUGAGGCCCACCCCGACUAUAUCAGAGCCAUCUGCGUUCACCCAACGCUGCCGUUUGUCCUGACCGCCUCCGAUGAUAUGAGCAUCAAGCUUUGGGACUGGGACAAGGGUUGGAAAUGUGUCCAAGUUUUUGAGGGCCACAGCCACUAUGUCAUGGGUCUUGCCAUUAACCCCAAAGAUACAAACACGUUUGCGUCGGCGUGUUUGGACCGAACUGUCAAGAUCUGGAGCUUGGGAUCCGGCACCGCCAACUUCACCCUCGAGGCCCAUGAAACCAAGGGUGUAAACCAUGUCGACUACUACCCCCACUCCGACAAGCCUUACCUCCUCACCACUUCCGACGACCGAACAGUCAAGAUCUGGGACUACACCACAAAGUCUCUGAUUGCAACCCUCGAGGGGCACACCAACAACGUUUCGUUCGCCUGCUACCACCCUGAGCUGCCCGUCAUCAUCUCUGGUUCAGAAGACGGCACCAUCAAGCUCUGGCACGCCAACACAUACCGGCUGGAGCAGUCAUUGAGCUAUAGCUUGGAAAGAGCCUGGUGCGCCUCUUAUCAGAAGGGAAAACAGGGCGUUGCCGUUGGUUACGAUGACGGUGCUGUGGUGAUCAAGCUGGGACGCGAGGAGCCGGCUGUUUCCAUGGAUCCCUCCGGCAAGCUGAUUUGGGCAAAGCAGAACGAAGUCGUAUCGUCCAUCAUCAAGGGAGAUGCUUCUAUCAAGGAUAACGAGCCCAUCACAUUACCGACCAAGGAUCUAGGCACCUGCGAAGUCUACCCCCAGACGCUUAUCCACUCACCAAAUGGCCGAUUCGUUGCCGUGUGCGGUGACGGCGAGUACAUCAUUUACACGGCGCUGGCAUGGCGCAACAAGGCCUUUGGAUCUGCCAUGGACUUUGUGUGGGCGUCAAAAGAGAACAGCAAUGACUUUGCCAUCCGAGAGUCGCCCAUGAGCGUCAAGGUGUUCAAGAACUUUGUGGAGAAGAGCGGAGGCCUCGAUGUUGGAUUCCAGGCCGAUGGUCUUACGGGAGGUGUUUUACUGGGUGUAACUGGCCAGGGCGGUGUCUCGUUCUUCGACUGGAACACUGGUGGCCUGGUUCGCAGAAUCGAGGUAGAGCCCAAACAGGUCUACUGGUCAGAGAGCGGCGAGCUGGUGGCUAUUGCUUGCGAAGAUACGUUUUACGUACUGCGCUUCUCUCGCGAAAACUACGUCGAGGCUGUGCAAUCCGGAGAGGUUGAGGAAGAUGGCGUCGAAUCAGCGUUCGAAGUCAUUACCGAUGUCAACGAAUCCAUUCGCACGGGUGAAUGGGUAGGUGACUGCUUCAUUUACACCAACAGCACCAACCGACUCAACUACCUGGUUGGCGACCAGACUUACACCAUCUCUCACUUCGACAAGCCCAUGUACCUCCUAGGUUACAUCCAGAGAGAUUCUCGCAUCUACCUUGCCGAUAAAGACGUCGGUGUCACCUCCUUUGCCCUGUCACAGCCCGUUCUCGAAUACCAGACCUUGGUAUUGCGCGAGGAUAUGGAGACGGCUGCUGAGCUGCUGCCUACUAUCCCUGCCGAUCAGCUGAACAAGGUUGCGAGAUUCUUGGAAGGCCAAGGACACAAAGACCUUGCUCUGGAGGUUGCAACUGACCCCGAACACAAGUUUGAGCUCGCAUUGGCCCUGAAUCAGCUCACUAUUGCUCUUGACCUGGCCCGACAAGCCGACGUCGAGCACAAGUGGAAGACUGUUGGAGACGCGGCUCUGACAGCCUGGGAUGUCAAUCUUGCUGCGGAGUGCUUUACACACGGCAAGGACUUGGGCUCUCUCCUCCUCGUAUACUCAUCAACAGGUGACCACGAGGGUCUCGCCAAGCUGGUCGCUCAGGCCGAAGAGGCCAAUGCUCACAACGUGGCAUUCUCGGCCGCUUGGCUCGUCGGAGACAUUGACCGAUGCGUGGACAUCUUGACCAAGACUGGACGGGCAGUAGAAGCUACUCUGUUUGCCCAGACAUACAAGCCUAGCCUAGCCGCGACCGCGGCGAAAUCAUGGAAAGAGAGCUUGGAGAAGAACAAGAAGGGACGAGUAGCCAAGUUGAUUGGUGUGCCCGAUGACGAUGCGGAGCUGUUCCCGGAGUGGGAUGAGUGGCUGAAGCUGGAGAGUGAGGGUGGCGUAGCCGCCGAUGUCGAUAUGGCGACACCUAAUAGCAAGUCUGAGGAAGAGGGCGAGGCUGAGGCUCAGGAAGAGGCAGAGGAAGAGGAACAGGACGAAGAAAUGGAGGAGGCUAAGGAGGAGCAGGAGGCGUAA